UGUUUGUGUGUUUCAGGGAAACUAGAGUAAACAAGUAAAGCAGUAGAAUGGACCUGGUCAAAAUUGCAGUGUCCUUCCACCUUCUCCUGAGUCCUGCGUGGGCCUCCUCCCAUCACCCUUUCAUGGACAGCAUCCUCUCCGCCAAGUCAGCCCUCAGGGUGCUGGAAGAGCCGAUGAGGUUCGACCCCUGUUGCCUCGUGUCUCCGCCUCCGCCGCUGUUCUUCCCUCCGCCGCCUCAGCUGUGGAAGCGAGGCAGCCCUGAUUACAUUAGCCUGUUGGAGCCAAGUGUUGGUGGAGGAGAGGGGCAGCAAAGAGAAAAACCUGUAACACCUGAGGGGUGUUCGCCUGGACCCCCCGGACCUCCUGGACCCCGGGGCCCAGACGGACAAGGUGGAUUGCCUGGCAUCAGAGGACCGAAAGGAGAGAAGGGAGAAAUUGGACGCCCGGGGUCAAAGGGUCGUACAGGAGCACCAGGUCUCCCCGGGAAACAAGGGCAACCUGGAUGGCCUGGUCCUGAGGGACUCACGGGUGAGAAAGGGGAUUCAGGACUCAUGGGAUUACCAGGAUUGAGGGGCCCACCAGGGACAAAGGGUUUACCUGGCUACAAAGGAGAUAAGGGGUCUCGUGGUGACCUGGGGUCAGCAGGACCAAAAGGCGAUAAGGGUUCCAUUGGUUUGUCCGGGAUGCUUGGCCAGAAGGGUGAGCAGGGGCCGAAGGGAGAGCCAGGAGUCUCAGGGAGGAGAGGACCAACUGGGCGGCCUGGGAAGAGAGGCAAACAGGGCAUGAAGGGCCAGACUGGAGCCUCAGGAGUCAUGGGCCCUUCAGGUCCCCCAGGUCCAAAUGGCCUUCCUGGUCCACCUGGUCCACCUGCCUCAGGUCUCUAUCUAGAAGGUGAAAAAGGAGAGAAGGGACUCCCUGGUGCACCAGGUCGCUGUGACUGUGACACCACGCCUGGAGCUAAUAAUGCUCCUUUCGGAAGCUACACACAACGGGGGGGCUCCAAUAAAGUCCCUGCAAUAUUUGUGGUCACCAAUAAAGAGGAGAUGGGCCGUCUCCAUCUGGACAAUGCACUGGCAUUUAGGAAGGAUCAGAGGAUGCUGUACUUUAAAGAUAAAGAUGGAUGGAAGCCCAUACAGCCCUUCCAGGCGUUCCAGUCCACAGAGAAAGUCCCAGACAGAGAGGGGGUGUGUGGGGACGGGAAGGUGCAGGCCCAGCACGGAGAGGAGUGUGAUGAUGGAAACCAGAUUGUCACUGACGCUUGCCUCAACUGCAAGUGGGCCUACUGUGGAGACGGCUACCGACAUGAAGGCAUGGAGGAGUGCGACGGAAAGGACUUUGGUUAUCAGACCUGCAAGUCCUAUCUUCCUGGAUCCUUUGGGCAACUCCGAUGCACAGACUCCUGCCUUAUUGAUUCGACCGGUUGCAAGUACUUCACCUGAUCUGAAAAGUUAACAGCCGCAUUGCGACUUUGCAAUUCCUCUGUCUGAUCACGGGGAGUAAACAUCAGAUUUCUAUGGAAGUUUCGCCCCUUAAAAAAACCUGACGGACUGAGAGGGAAUUAAAGGGCCGCUCUGGUGCCUGCUCUGAGCCAUGGAUAGUUAUGGAAGUCAGCUUUCCAAUCGACUGCCUCCCUCGCUGGAGGUUUAACUCUUUUGCUGGGCCUCGGAAGAACAGCUACUGUCACAUCAUUGGCUGCAGCACUGUUAUUGACACUUUUGAUUGUGGGAAACAUUUAACAAAACAUAUGACCUAUGAAAUAGUUACAAUAUGUAUGACUUGCUGACUGUUAAUGCAUAAAUAAGCUGUGAUCUCAACUUCUUUUGUAGUGACAGAGAAAAAAGAGCCUUUUCCAAAAGAGCCAAUGAUAUUAUGGAUACUAUAUGUAAUGUAGUAUGCACAUAUGUGUGAAUAUUUAUGUACAUUAAAUUAGAAAACAAAUAUUUAUGAAGUACAGUGCUGUCAUAUUGCAUGUAAAUGUGUUUCGGUGCACAGCAGACUGCUCUAACCUGUACUGUAAAUGUACUCGCCAAAGUGUGGCCCUCUAGAAAAGAAGGUGAUCGAAGGAAAAUGAAUGCCGAAUGAUUUGAAUUUCUCACCAGCUUAAUUACACUGCUCUGUGACACCAAGAUGACUCCAAUAUGAAUUCACUGAAAUGUGAUUAACUGCAUGACAUGAAUGUAUAAUUCAUAAAACACUGUACGCCAAUAAAGA